UCAUACGAUUCUCACCGUGAGCAUUUUUCCUAUUCUGACCAGUCGUUCUUCACUGCCCUCAAGAGCCUUGCCGACUACUUCGCUGAUAUUUCGGGUUUCGAUUGGUACCCAUGCGACCCUAGGCCGAUCGUGGUCCGAGUAAACAACCAUUGA